AUCUCGCGAGAUUUGGCGCUAUAUAAAGAGGAGCAGGGCGGCCCCUCCCCCUUCCUGCCCUUAGAGCCGCCAUGGACACGAGCCGCGUGCAGCCCAUCAAGCUGGCCAGGGUGACCAAGGUGCUGGGCCGGACUGGCUCCCAGGGGCAGUGCACGCAGGUGCGCGUGGAGUUCAUGGACGACACGAGCCGCUCCAUCAUCCGCAACGUGAAGGGGCCGGUGCGCGAGGGCGACGUCCUCACCCUGCUCGAGUCGGAACGCGAGGCCCGGCGGCUGCGCUGAGCGGUGAGCGCUGCCCCCAGCUGCCCGGCCGGGCCGCGCACCGCGCUGCUGCUGGGUGCCAGGUGCUGGAGCCCCACUGCGUGGGUUGGGAGCAGCCGGCAUGGAGAGGAGCGUGGCGUUCGUGUUCACACAAUAAAUGUCUUUUCCAGUA